CUGAGAUAAGGCAAAUCAUUAAGGAAAAAAUAUGAGCGGCUCGCUCUCGUUUAUUUGUGUUUGAAUUGAAGAUUCUAAUUAAACCACCAAUAUGUCUGCUGGAAUCGCAAUGAAAUCCAAGAUCCCAACAGAAUAUGGCCCAGAUUCUGGUGGCCGUAUAAAGGGCAUUACAAUAAUCAAGCCCAUCGUGUAUGGGAACAUCUCACGCUAUUUUGGAAAGAAACGAGAGGAAGACGGACAUACUCAUCAAUGGACCAUUUAUGUCAAGCCAUACAAGAAUGAGGAUCUAUCAACAUACGUCAAGAAAAUUCAGUUCAAACUACAUGAGAGUUAUGCGAACCCUCUUCGUGUUGUCAGCAAGCCACCAUAUGAAGUAACAGAAACUGGUUGGGGAGAGUUUGAGAUCACUGUCAAAAUCUUCUUUGUUGAUCCCAAUGAGAGACCGGUGACGGUGUACCACUUUCUGAAGCUGUUUCAGUCGAGCGCAGGUCUUGUUCUCGGGAAGAAGACCCUCUUCUCAGAGCAUUAUGAUGAAUUGAUAUUUCAAGACCCUACAGCUAUGAUGCAACAACUGCUCACAGGAACGAGAGCAUUGACACUCGGAUCAUAUAAACAUGAAACAGAUUUUGAAGAGAUGGAAGGAAAGACAGUGUCAUCCUUGCAGUCAGCUCGGAAGAAGAUUCGUCAUGAGAUCCAAGACCUUAAUGAGAGACUGAAACAGAGCAAGGAGGCUAUUGUGCACUUCAAAGAGGAGAUCAGAAAACUGGAGGAGUCUGAGAUGAACAAGGAAAAAGAUUGAUGCAUAAUGGAUUGCAUCAUUAGAAUGGUAGGACAUGGAGAGUGAACUGUGAGACAUUAGGAGGAUGAAUACAUGUCACAACAAAUAAUGAUGACACAACCUCCUAAGGAAUACCAUCAAUCUCGAGAUGUAGCAGACAACAUGCACCACGCAGGAAAUCGAUUUCCAUUCGUUUGCACUUUAUAGGGUUUUGCAGCAUGACAUUGUCUCUUCACCGGUCCACUAGUGAAUCUACGUGGCAUUGUACCGUUGGUGGUUCCAAUAGGCUAAGGUCAUCUA